GGUUGCCAGUUUGUUUCAUGCCACCCGCGCGGUAACCGGUGUUAUUUUCGUUUUUUUUUUUUUUAAAUAAGUGUUUUGUAAAUUCCUUUGAUCAUGUCGGUGUAAAUCAGUUAUUGUGCUUUAUUGUCUUCCGUUUCUAAUAUUAUAAAUCAUGUCUUCCUGUGUUUAGAAUCAAUCUAUUUCAAUUACUCCAAAAUGAUACUCUCUUGUAUAAAGUUACUACCUUUGGAUCUUGUGUCGCAUAGUUAUCACGUCCUACUUUAUUCUAUGUGCAUUUAAAAGAUAAUGUAUUUACAGGAAAAAAAGAGAUCUAAAAUAGUGCAUAAAAUUAUCAAGGUGAAUGGAAAAUUGGUGAUGUUUACAUCAGUUACUUUCCCAUAUGUGUUAUUGUCCGGUGUUGUGUGAGAAUCAACAAGUGUCAUGGAUUAUCGUUUUACGUUGAUCGUAAUUUUGAACAAUUGAGUGUAAAUUUAUCAAUUAUCUUGAAGAAAAUGAAACGUUAACAAUGCAAAUUGUUUAUUUCUGUUGAUAUUGCGUCGAAAUAAUUAUUGGCUAAAAUUGGAAGGUGUGAAACAUUUUGGAGUAUUCAUAUCAACAAUGUCCGCUUUCUUAAACAGCGUGAGACUGGAUGGUUAAAAGGAAUACUGUGUGUGUGUGCAUAAUUAAAAAAGAUUUUACCGCUUGCCGGCCAAGAGAACCGAUCUGUGAUCGUUUGUUCAUCUCACGUGCCCUUGGAUGAAUAUUACGUCAAAGACUUAAUUGUCGUUUGUUGAAUCCUCAAAAUGGAAGUCGUUUAUAUAGAUGAACGGGAGGAUGUGCAAAAGAAAACAUUUGCAAAAUGGAUAAAUUCACAACUUCUCAAGAAUAAUCAUGAACCAAUUGCGGAUUUGUUUGUCGAUUUACGAGAUGGAAAUCGUCUUUUAUCUUUAUUGGAAGUUCUUACGUCCAAGGGAUAUAAAAGAGAACGCGGUCGUAUGAGAGUUCAUCAUCUGAAUAAUGUGAAUAAAGCACUGCAAAUUCUCGAACAAAAUAAUGUGAAACUUGUCAAUAUAAGUAGCAAUGAUAUUGUUGACGGAAAUCCAAAAUUGACUCUUGGUUUAGUAUGGAGUAUUAUUUUACACUGGCAGGUCCAAUAUCAUUUGAAAGAUUUAAUGUCAGAAUUACAACAAACUAAUUUGGAGAAAACACUUCUUGCCUGGUGUCGACAAAAUUCACAGAAUUAUCCAGGUGUUGAUAUAAAAAAUUUUACAACUUCCUGGUCAGAUGGAUUGGCAUUCAAUGCACUUCUACACCGAUGGAAACCGCAGUCAUUCGAGUUUAAUAAUAUUGCACGUAAACAUCCAAAUGCACGAUUAGAUCAUGCCUUUCGAUUUGCACAGGAACAUCUUUCGAUUGAACGACUUUUGGAUCCCGAGGAUGUCAAUACGGCAGUACCCGAUAAAAAAUCAAUAAUGAUGUACGUCAUGUGUCUUUUUCAAUCUUUACCUCAUUCUGGUGAUGAUGUUUCUGCUAUUGAUAUUUCUACUGCUAGUGACACUACUAGUCCCGCUACAACACCAAGUGCAGAGAGUUCAUUAUCGUUUACAAACUUUGAAAUGCCAACAUCAAGACCUAUGAGUCUCGCUACUAAUGUUUCGGUAGAAUUGGGCGGUUAUCAAGUUGCGCUUGAAGAAGUUUUGACUUGGUUGUUGGGUGCUGAAGAUAAAUUAAAUCAUGCUCCGGAACCUGGCGAUACUUUAGAAAUUUUAAAAGAACAAUUUCACGAGCACGAAACAUUUUUAAUGGAAUUAUCUGGUCAUCGAGAUGGAGUGGGAGCUGUUUUAGAAGAAGGAGCACGACUAUUGGGUGAUGGAGGUUUACAAAAAGAUGAGGAACAUGAAGUGCGAAUUCAAAUGUCUUUACUCAAUUCCCGAUGGGAAGGACUACGAAUGCGAGCAAUGGAGCGACAAUCUAAAAUUCACGAGAUAUUGAUGGGAAAACAACAGAGUCAAUUAGAUUCUUUGAGACAGUGGUUGACAAAAACAGAAGACAAAAUUUCUCGCAUGGCCGAUGUGGAAUCAAAACAAUUGUCUUUAGAGGAGCAAAUAAAAUUAUUGGAUGAAUUAGAGGAAAAUAUACAGGGACAACAAAAUGUUGUCGAUGGAUUAAAGAAUAUGAUUGUUGUGGUGGAUGAGGAUAAUUCUGAAACUGUAUAUGCUGAGAUGGAAGAUCAACUUUCAGCACUUGGAGAACGUUGGACUCAUAUUUGUCAAUGGAAGCAAAAACGAAGACACGAUUUUGAAAUUCUCUCAUUAUUAUGGAAAGAUGCGAUGGAUGAAUAUAAAAAAUUGGUAACACGACUUAAUGAAACGGAAAUAACAUUAAAACAAAUGGAGGCAAGUCCUGCUUCUGAAUUGGGUGAAAUUUUAGAAAGAAUAAAAAAAAUGCAUUUUCUUAAAAUUGAAAUGGACAUUAAUCAGAAGAAAAUAGUUACACUGCAAAAAUCAAUUCAAGAUUUCGAUGGACAUGGUUCUUAUAAAGAAUGCAGUAAUUUAUUGGAAAAAAUUGAAAAUCUUCAAGAUCGAUGGGAAGCUGUUGGACAAAUUAUGGAAGUGCAGAGUCAAAGGAUUUCAAAUUCUGGAUUCGAGUUUGAUUUGACGACAAACACUCAAGGAAAUGUGACAACCGGAAAUGACUGGAUGUCAGAAACUGUGACAAGUAUCGCUUAUAAAGAAGAACUCGCUGAAGGGAUGCACAGCGAUUCCAAGAAACGUCGAAUUGAUAAUGCAACAAGACACGAAUUUGAAUUAUUGUUGCAAAAUUUAUACAAAUGGUUAGAUUACGUCGAUUUAGAAGUUGGACGUUCAGAGGGUGUAUUUGAUGAAUUGAGUGUUGAAGAGAAAAAAGCAAUUUAUGAAGAGAAAUUUACAGAUUUGCAAUCCCAUCAAAGUGAAUACGACAAAGCUCUUGAGAUUGGAAAAAAACUUCUUCAAGAAAUCAAUGAAAUUAAUGAGCCAAUAGAAGACGAAGAUUUAAAACUCAGGGAUCUUGAAAAUCGUUGGAAAGCUGUCAACACAAGGCUACAAACAAUUAAGGAUAAAGUUGAUUUGUUAUUAGAGGUGAAACAAUUUCAAACAGAUUUAGCCAGUGUACAAUUAUUGCUUGAUGGCUAUAUGAAAUGGUUUGAUGCGAAUCAGAAGAGCAAUCAAAUAGAACUUUUCAGAGUAAAAGUAAAAUCAAUGAAAUCAUAUGAGGAUCGUGUUCAAAAAUUAAUUGCUAAAGCUAAAAAAUUAAGCACUACACAAUUAUCAUCUGAAGAUAGUGAAAAAUUACAAUUCAGUGUUGAUAAAUUUAAUAAUGAAUGGGACGAUUUAUUAAAAAAAUUUUCCAAUCGUUUAAAUGAAUUAAACGAAGUUGUCGAUAAAACACCCCCCAAGAAAUACAAUGAAACAAUUGCCAAUUUGUUAUCUUUUAUUAACAAUUUAGAAGGAGUAUUAUUAUCUGAACACGCUGUAAUGUCGGACGAUGUAACAAUGCAGGAUCAAAUGAAAAAAUUGCUGGAUCUUCAGGCUUCGCUGAAAACACAUCAAAUAAACUUCGAUUAUGUCAAUAGCAUUGGCCAAGAAUUGAUUUUAAAACAGGAUUCUCAAUGUCAAAAAGUAAAAGAAGAAUUGCAAGAUUUAAACACUAAAUGGAGUGACAUUCCUAUUAUUUUAGAAGAGAGACAACAAAAGCUUGCAAAAGAUAUUGAAACAGUAAAAUUAUUCAAUAUUGAACUUAAAGAUCUUGAAAAUUGGUUGAAUAAUAAAGCGCGGCGUUUAAAAGAAAUAUGCGAAGACGCAUUUGUUAAUGAUGUCGCUACAACUGAAUUGAAAUUAAACGAAGGUCGUGCCUUUUCUGAAGAAGUUAAUCAAACUGAACCGAGAAUAGAAAAACUUCAAACAACUGCCAAUAGACUUCUGGAAAAUUCCGAACCUAAUUUCGCAAGUGUAUUAAAUAAUCAGUUGCAAAAUAUUUCACAUAAAUGGAAUGCAAUUAUAGAUGGUGCAAAACAUCAGGUGUUUAAAUAUGAAAAUGCUUUGAAGAAAAAUGAUGAGAUUAUAAAUGGAAUUGAAGAUUUUACAAAUUGGUUAUCAAGUUUAGAAAAGGAAAUACCGAGUGAAGGAAAAAUAACUUCUUCCGUUGAACUUUUUCAAGCGCGUGGUCGAUAUCAAUUGUUAAAAGAUAAAAUUGACAGACGAGUAGAAGAGUUUCGUAAUCUCAAUGAGCUUGGCAAUGACAAACUUCUAAGUUCCGAGGGUUCAUCCGUCCAUGAGUUGGGAAGGCGAUUCACGUAUUUAAAUGCGAGAUGGACUGAUGUUACGGAUCGUAUUUAUGAACGUUAUAGACAGUUGCAGAAUGCUAGUCAUGAAUACGGAGAGUUUCGAGCAUUAGUUGCCCAGGAAAGCGAUUGGUUAGAUAAACUUGAAAAGAGAUUAAAAAAAUCAACAAAAAGCGCCGAUGCUGAGGAAAUAUCCGAAGAACUUGAUGAUUUGGAGAAUUAUAUUCGAAAUCAUCCGGAUUCGCGCUUUGAUAAGCUGCAAGAAAUUGGAAAGCAACUUGUUGAUAGCGAUAUAAUGACGCGUACUAUUCAAAAUGAUGUUGAGUCAUUAACAAGUCGCUGGAGUAGUUUAAAUAAACAGGCUGGCGAACGCACCCAACAAUUGGAAGGAUCAGUGAAGCAAGCACAACAAUCAGAAGGGCGUAUUCAAGCUCUUCAACACUCCUUAACGCAAGUAGACUCUGUACUUACUGCACGUCUUGACUGUGACCUGACGGCUGAUGACUUACCUCAUGACUACCAGAAACUAAUGGACGAAAUGGAAAGUCAGGAGUCAACUCUCCAGGAAAUGGCCAAUCAAAUUGAAGCUUAUAAAGCAACGGGGAAACUCGAGGCUGCUUCACGACUUCAGGAACAAAUGAUUUUAAUUGAACAGAAAUUUUCUGAAGUACAAAGGAAAUUCCAACGAUUCCGUAGUCCAAUUAAUUUAGAACCAAGAUUGUCGAGAGCAUUGAGAGAACUUAGAGGUAUUGAGGAGGCUACUUGUUUAUUGGAACUAGCUUCUGAAGAUCCCGAAGCUAUUGAAGGUCAACUGAAGCAUUGUUUGCGUUUCUAUCAGACAUUGAGUGAAAUUAAAAGUGAAAUAGAAACGAUAAUUGUAACCGGUAGAAGAUUAGCUGAAGAAAAAAGCGUCCCUGCUCCGGAUGAAUUGACAAAUCGUAUAGACACUCUUAAAGAUUUAUACAACAAGUUGGGACUACACAUAACGGAAAGCAAAUCUAUUUUGGAAUCAGCUCUAGAUUUGUCUCGAGAAAUGUUCAAACACAUGUCAUACAUUAACAUGUCAAUCGAGAGUAUAAAUAAGGAAUUGGAUAAUCAGAAAACUAUGCCUGAUUUACCUGUUAAUGCUAUUUACGUAACGGAAACUUUGAUGGAAGUAAUUCCACGUCUUCACGUUGUCAGAGACAAGUUAUUUAGGUCCCAAGAUGAAUUUUCAAAAUUAUGUGAUCCAUCGUAUAUGGAACAGUUUAGAGAAAGAUUGACAGAUCUCGUCAAACGAUUGGCAAGCACUGAAAAAAGAUUACGAACUUGUUGUGGAUCAGAGGAGCCCAAUGUUGACGAAAUUAAUGCUUGGUUAUUCCAAAUCGAAGACAAGCUGAAGAAACUUGAUAAUAUUCCAUUGGAACAACUCAAUGAAUCUCACUUUGAACAAUGCAAGUCAUUACAAAAUGAAAUGGUGGAAACAAAAUCCAAAGUCAUACAACUUCAACGUUACUGUUUUUAUCCAAAAGUAGCAGCAGUUUGCGAAAAAUGGGAAGACAUCUCGAGAAAAAUUCAAGAAUGGAUCAACAAGAUCAGUGAUAAUUUGUUAAUUGAAAAAAAUAAGAUGAUCAAUUCUGAGGGGAGAGACAUGAAUGCUAAAGAAGAAUUACAAUGUGAGAAUAAAUUGAUUGAUGAAAAUGAAAAAAUUUACGGUAUUGGAUAUCUUAAUCCUGUUUUUGAUUACAAUCAACAACAAAAACUAAUUAAAACACCUGAAAGUUCGCCAAUUGAUGUUCCACAUCGAAGUAGAAAAUCAACAUCGGCUAAAGCGGAUAAAUUCAAAGGUGGAACGGUUAUUGAUGUGAGCCGAACAGUUAGACGAAGAUUAGACAUGAGUUCGAUUCCCGAUGUUGUGCAAACGUCACAAUUACAAGCAAAUCAAUCCGAUGAAUCGUCCUCGGAAUCAUCAGAAUCGGAAGGAAAUCUUGUGGAUGAAGAAUUUUUCCUUGCAAAAAAUAGUAAACUUUUUUCUCAAGUUUCGUCAAAUACAUUAAAAGCCAAUGAGGGAAAUAAUAAUGAUUCAAGAGAACGAAAUAUUCAAAUAAAUUCUUUUCGAGUUGUUGAAAUAAAAGAAAUGGAAAUAGUCAAAUCAAUUGCGUCUGCCAAUGAUCGUGUUAUUUUACCAUGUGCAAAUGUUAGUGUUGAACAAGUUCCUCAAGUUGUUGAGAGAGUUGAAAUUAUUGAGGAUACUGAAACUGAACCUGAAUCGGCUGACACUGAUGUUGAUGAGAAGGAGAAUUUAAAGAAAAUUUCUGAUAAGAAAUAUUAUUCUUCAUCGAUGCAUUUUCAUACGAGAGAACUUGUGCCAAUAUUAAAAACUAAUGAGAGAACGGAGUUUACCUCGAAACCUUCGACUUCUUUCGCUAAGGGAUCAAAAGGUGUGACUGACAGAGAUAACAAAUCAAAAGCAUUAAAUACAACUGUAAAACAAUCUGUUACUGAAUAUCUUGUAUUUGAGGAAAAUAAGAUAACGAUUCCAUGCAAUGGAACGAAAAAGAAAAUUAGUGGAACUCCAAAUGUAAUGAAAGAAGUGAAAUUUGAAAGAGAUAAUGACGAUGCUGGAAGAACUCCAUUUCCAAAACGAAUUGGAAGUUUAUCUUCUGACGAUGUUAUUGAGGAUUGUGAAAGUUUUUAUGGAAGUGACAAAGAGACGGAUGAUAUUUUGAUAUUUUCCGAUGAUACCGAAGUUGAUGUUAGAAGCUCUAGUUCGGAAGGAGAAAAUACUAAUUUAGAUGAGCAUAUUGAACACCUCUUGGAUAAGACUAAUCUCGACAAGCUUCGUGAUCCUUUAUUAAAUAAAGGAGACUCGAGGAUUUUUGGAGAAAGAAGACUCCAUAGAUCGUCUAGUGGUUUGACGAGAGCGAAUUUAGAAAGAGAUAUUCUUGAUUUUGAACAACUUGCACAGCAAAUGCUGCGUAGAAUGGAUAUUAUGUUAAUGACAAUUGGUGGAGUCAAUAACGAAAAGGAUCCAUCAAAACGUCUUGAGUUGAUUAAGAGUGAACUCAGUUGUCUUGCACCGGAUGCAGCAAGUCUUAUUAGUCGUGGCGAUGGAUUGGUAAUGACUGUUCAUGUUUCUGAUCCUGUGAGAGCUGAAAAAAUAAAAAAUGAACAUCAAGAUAAAUUACGAAGUAAAUGGCAUCAAGUUAUGGCAGAAACUGAAUCAAGAAGAAUUCAAGCACAAAAAGCGGAAGAAUCGUUACGUCUUUACAAUAAAUUAAUCGCCGAAUUUGAAGAUUGGUUUAGAGAUGCUCCAUUGAAAUUGGAACAAGCCAACAACUAUGAAGGUCAAUUGGAAUCUUUUACCGAAGAAUUCGACGCUAGACAAGAACAAAUUCAAAAAUUGAAUGAUCUGAGCAAUGAUUUGAAACGAUUAAAUGUGGGUCAUUCCGAAAAUAUGCGCUAUAGAAUCAAUAGCAAGUGGCAAGAAAUCAGUACUCAAUUUAAGAGAUUCAGUGGUAGCAAAGAUAAAGAUAAAAAAGUCAACGAUAAAAAAGUUGAAAUGGAUGUUGGUAGAAUUUCAAGUCAAGAUUAUUUGACAAGAUGUAAUAAACUUCGAGAAGCUGUGUCAACAAUAUCGAGAUCUUUGAGUGCAAUGCCAUUGAGUGGGAAAGAUUAUGAAUUGUUUGCCAAUCAAGAGGAAUGCUUGAAAAAAAUUGGUAAUGCACUAAAUAUACUGAAACCAAGCGUCGACGAAAUGAGUUAUCUUCAAGAAAGUAUUGAACCACAUGCAAGAAAAGAUGAUCAAAUUAAACGUCUAUCGGAUAAAUUAAAAGACGAAUGGUUAGAUGUAAAUAGAAAUUACAUGGAAAGAAAUAAACGUUGGAUUAAGUGUAUUGAAAAAUGGAAAGAGUUACAAAAUAUUUGUUGUAAAUUUGCCGAGUGCCUUGCAAAAACUGAAGAGAUGUUGAAAAAAUUGAAAUCCGAACCAUUUUCGGAAGGUAGCAAAGUUGUUGCCAUAGAUCUUGAGAAGGAAGUGAUCAAAAUGCAAAAAACAAUGAAUAACAUUGCAAGUUCGACGACUGAAAUUGUUAGCCGAUCAACGGGAGAAGAUGUCAAAGAACUGGAAAACAUGGUUGACGAGUUACAGAAUCGAUGGCAGAAACUGGUUAAUGAAUUGAAAAAUUAUCGAGAAACGGAUUUCAGUAUGGAGGGGAAAAUUAAUAUUGAAAAAUCCCUUGAAGGAGCACGCAACAUAAUUGAACAUGUAAAUUCCUUACUUGUUUCGACUGCUAAUCCAUCAGAUGAUACAUCCUUAUCGAUAAGAUUGUCAAUGAUUAAGGCAAGAGAGGAGGAAAUAAUCAGUCGCAGAAAAGAAUUGCAUGCCAUCAAAAAACAACGGAAUGUUACCAAACAGGAUGAAGAAUGUAACAAAUUGAUUGCCGAUAUUGAAAAGGUUCAAUCAAAUUUGGCUACACACCGCGAAUACGUGGAAAAUAAAUUGACCUCAUUAAAAAAAUAUCUUUUAACUUUGGACACUGUUAUGACGUGGGUCAUGGAAACAAGAACAAGGCUCAAUAUUUCUCAUGAAUUACCACAACAAGAGCGUUUAAAAGUCAUUGAUAAUAUAAAGGCAAAUGUCGAGGAUCGUGAAAUGGAAGUCAAAGAUGUUUUAGAAAACUACACAAAUUUGGAAAAAGAAUGUGAAUCUGCAAAGCAAUCUGUAUCUGUCGAAUUACAGGAGAAAUUGAAGAAAUUGAGAGUCGACUGGCAAUUUGUCAAAAAUCGUGGGGAAGUGACAGACGUUGAUGCCAUUGCAGUUGCUCCACCUGUUGAGACCGCUCGUCCAAAAGAAUUGGAGAGAAGUGUUGGUGCAACACAAGGGGCGCCUGGACCAGUGGAAAGUGGUCGGGGGUCGGCAGCCUCUCCUGCCCCCUCGUCACCCUCAACAUCUUCAACUCCUGUUAUUAGUAACGUUUCAUCUUCGACUUCCUGUACGUCUUCCCCUGUUUCACAGACAUCAACCCUCGUCGCAAGUCACGACAAAUCAGUGCUUCAGAUUCGAGAUUGGCUCACAGUAGAGGAAGAGAUGCUACGUCAACAGAUUGUUGUAGUCGGAGACAUCGACGAAAUUAUGCAGCUUCUCGAUAAACAGAGGACUGUUCUUCGAGAAUUGGAACAAAAAAAGCCGCAAUUGGACGAGUUGGUUCACACUGCUGAGAAUCUCCGUGCUGAUACAAAUCGACAACAGCUGCAUGGCAAGGUGACCAAACUGAGAGAACACUGGGAUGAGACAAACUCGAAAGUAAUGCAAAGAAAGACACAGUUAGAUGCCAUGUUGAGCGAUAGUCAACGGUACGAAGCCAAGAGAAACGAGGUUGAAGUCUGGUUGGCAAGAAUGGAAACUCGUCUCGAGAGGAUGAGGGCCGUUGGUCAUACUGCUGAUGUUCUUGAAGCACAACUCAGAGAACAAAAGUCAUUCCACGCUGAGCUUCAUCAAUACAAACAUCAACUUGAACUAUUUAAUCAACUCACCCAGAAAUUAAUUGCCGUUUAUCAACAAGAUGAUACAACGCGUGUUAAGAAAAUGACAGAGACCAUUAAUCAACGCUAUAAUAAUCUCAAUACAAGCAUCAUCAACCGAGGAAAACUUCUUCAUUCAGCAAUGAAUUCUCUGCAAAACUUUGAUCGUUCACUGGACAAGUUUUUGGCAUGGCUGAGCGAGGCUGAAUCAUCAAUGGAAAGCCUGGAAACUGAAGCUGAUCGACUCGUUGGAAGGAGGGACCAGGUUGCUCUCAGACGUCCACAACAUCAACUCAAGGAUCUUCAGUCCGAAAUCGAGACACAUCGAGAUGUUUAUGCAUCGUUGAAUGGAACAGGAAGGAAACUUCUCAGUUCUUUGGCCAGUCAAGAUGACGCCGUUAUGCUUCAGCGACGACUCGAUGAAAUGAACCAAAGAUGGCACCAUCUCAAGGCGAAAAGCAUGGCUAUCAGAAAUCGAUUGGAGAGCAAUACAGAACAUUGGAACGCGCUUUUACUGUCCUUGCGCGAGCUUAUCGAAUGGGUAAUAAGAAAGGAUACCGAGCUCACUGGAUUGGGUCCUGUUUGCGGAGAAAUGGCAGCAUUACAAAAACAACAGGAUGAUCAUCGUGGUUUUAGACGUCAACUUGAAGACAAACGACCCGUUGUGGAAAAUAAUUUACUCAGCGGUCGUCAAUACAUCGCUAAUGAACCACCUUUAUCGGACACGUCAGAUUCUGAAGCCGGUCGAGAAUUGGAUGGAGAUUCGAGGGGUUAUAGAAGUGCAGAGGAACAGGCCCGCGAAUUAACGCGGAGCAUUCGCAGAGAAGUGAAUAAAUUGUCUGAGCAGUGGAACGCAUUAAUUGAACGUAGCGAUGCAUGGAAGCGAAAACUAGACGACACCACCAAUAAAUUAUGUGUCUUCCAAAAGAGCCUCGAAGAUCUUUCGUCUCGAAUGGCCGGAGCGGAGGCAAUUCAAAAUGGAUGGCAAAUACCUAAUGAUGCACCAGAGGCGUCAGAAAUGUUAGAAAAUUUACAAAAGUUUGGCGAACGUUUAGGACCGAUUCAAAGGAACAUCGAAGAUGCCAACGAUCAAGCGAGUCUUUUUGCAUCGAGCAGCGUUAUUGUUUCUCAUGCUCUAUUAGCAAAACUUGAAGAUCUUAACACAAGAUGGAAAGUUUUGCAAGUUGCAGUCGACGAACGUUAUAAACUGUUAAGCGGAUUUGGAAAGGAUGGCAGCACUCCGGGUAGUCAGGCUUUCCUCGCUAGUAGCGUAGAACCACCGUGGGAAAGAGCCCUUACUCCCGCCAAAGUGCCUUAUUAUAUCAACCAUCAAUUGGAAACGACGCACUGGGACCAUCCGAAAAUGAUUGAAUUGAUGACUUCACUCUCAGAUCUCAACGAAGUUCGUUUUUCCGCUUACAGAACUGCAAUGAAAUUGCGCACGGUGCAGAAACGAUUAUGCUUGGACGUGUUGAGUCUCUCAAAUGCAUUGGAACAAUUUGACUCACAUGGAUUGAGAGCACAAAACGAUAAACUCAUCGAUAUACCAGAUAUGGUUACUGUUUUGACUUCCUUGUACGAAAUAAUUUCAGCGGAUAAUGCCACUCAAGUUUUAGUGCCACUUUGUAUAGAUCUUGCCAUCAAUUGGCUUCUCAAUGUUUACGACAGCCAACGAACUGGACAAAUUCGUGUUUUAUCAUUCAAAGUUGGACUCGUUUUGUUGUGUAAAGGACAUUUAGAAGAAAAAUAUAGAUAUCUAUUCCGUUUGAUUGCGGACACAAAUAGGCUAGUUGAUCAAAGAAAAUUGGGAUUGCUUUUGCAUGAUUGCAUUCAAGUGCCAAGGCAACUCGGUGAAGUUGCAGCGUUUGGAGGAUCAAAUAUUGAGCCAAGUGUUCGCAGUUGUUUCGAGAAAGCGGGCAAGGAUAAAAAUGAAAUUGAGGCUGUGCACUUUUUAAGUUGGUUACAACAAGAACCCCAAAGUAUGGUUUGGCUACCAGUACUUCAUCGAUUGUCAGCAGCCGAAACAGCCAAGCAUCAAGCGAAAUGCAACAUCUGCAAGGAAUAUCCCAUCAUUGGUUUCAGAUAUCGUUGCUUAAAGUGUUUCAAUUUCGAUAUGUGUCAAACGUGUUUCUUCUCGGGACGAAAAGCGAAAAAUCACAAACUAACACAUCCAAUGCAAGAAUAUUGUACAGCGACAACAUCUGGCGAGGACGUGAGAGAUUUUACAAGAGCAUUGCGCAACAAGUUCAAAUCGAAACGAUAUUUCAAGAAACAUCCAAGAGUUGGUUAUUUGCCAGUUCAAACUGUAUUGGAAGGUGAUGCACUUGAAAGUCCAGCACCAUCGCCACAGCAUAGUUCAUUGAGUCAGGAUAUGCAUUCACGAUUGGAAAUGUAUGCUUCGCGGCUGGCUGAAGUGGAAUUAUCACGAACGCGAAGUAAUUCAACGCCCGACAGUGAUGAUGAACAUCAAUUAAUUGCGCACUAUUGUCACAGUCUCAAUGGUGGUGAUAAUGUUAAUGUACCACGAAGUCCUGUACAAGUGAUGGCGGCAAUUGACGCCGAACAGAGAGAAGAACUUGAGGCAAUGAUACGCGAACUCGAAGAGGAGAAUGCAACAUUACAAGCGGAAUAUGAGAGAUUACGCUCUAAGCAAACACCAGGUUCAACGCCUGAGGAUGGACACGGAAGACAACCUGACUGUGAUAUGAUUGCCGAGGCGAAAUUAUUGCGACAACAUAAGGGUCGAUUGGAGGCACGAAUGCAAAUUCUUGAGGAUCAUAAUCGACAGCUGGAGGCACAGCUACAGAGACUGAGACAACUUUUAGAUGAGCCGAAUGUAUCUUCGCCAUCAAAGACAGGGACUUUGCAAACACGCAGUGUAACUGCUUCGCAAUUAGCUACUGACUCUCCAGCCAAAAUGAACGGUCAUUAUCAUGAUACGCCAGGAGGUGGAGGUUCAGGCGAAGGCAGAAUAAGCAGCUUAGAAAGGCCACCACCGCCACCACAUUCUCACAGUGUUUCCCAUAAUGUGGGUAAUCUCUUGCAUAUGGCAGCAUGGAUGUGAGAGGAGAUUUGGGAAAAGCAGUCGGUGAAUUGGUAACUGUAAUGACUGAAGAUUCAACGAAGACAAAUGGACAGAGGGCACCUCCUCCGGCUUUCAAAUAAUUCCAUAAAAUGCGAGAAAGGCCUCUUAAUAAUUGCUUCGAUGAUAACAAAAAAAAAAAUAUAUAUAUAUUGUCUUAUACUUAAUAAACAAGUAUAUCGUUUUGUAAUCGUUUCCGAUGACCAAGAAAAAGUCUGGCUCUAACGCAUAUCAUAGAAAAAAAUUUUUUCAUGGCUGUAACAAAAAAUUGCGUAUGGGAUAUAUAGAAAAAAAAAAAACGCAAAUUGUUCAGGGGACUUAACCAUCGAGGUUUUGGGCAUUUUAUAAGUUUUUUGAUAUACGCCACUGUAUAGCUGAAUUAUAUAAAUAUAUAUAAAAAUAUAUAUACCGACAGUUACAAUUUUUGGCUUUGGCAGUCCCUUGAAAGGAACUAUAAACAUUUGACUUACCAUAUCAUGAUUCUUAAAUUCUUACAAAGAAUCAAUUGUUAUGCUUGCUAGCUAAAUUACAUAAAAAAAAAGAUUAAAACCAAAAAAAAACUGGUUAUAAAUAUAUAUAUAUAUAUAUAUUUAAAACGAAUAUUUAAAAAAAAAAAUGCAUGCAAAGCAAAUGUGUCGAAUCGCAUACUCUAUAGAUCGUAGACUUGUAUUUAAAACGAAAAAAAAAAACAAUAUGCCCGUUAUGUUUACAUUGCCACCAAUUUUUUCUCAGUUGCAACAUCUUGUAUCCAUAUCAAAUAUAAUAAUUCUUCCCGAAACAAGGAAUGCAAAUGGAAAAAAAAAUGUGGUUUAUAUAUCUGAAAUUUUUUAAAAACUUUAUUGGGCAAUCACUUUGAGUCUACGUUGUCAAAAAGAGACAAAACACUUUUUUUAUUCAAAAAAAAAAAACUAUAGUUGAAAAAAUCGAAACAAUAAUUAAUGAUUGUUACGACCAUCCAAGAUUAUUUUUUAAUCCAAUGACCAGAUACUUUUUAUACAUUUUGUAUGGAGACGUGUGAGGCGAUUACUUUUUAUUUUCCAAUCUCCCAAACGUUACUUAUAUUUAAAGAUAUAUUGAUAAUUACUUAAAUUACCAACUGUAGACUGUAUUCUGAUAUCCUGUAAUAAAGUUGUCUAGAAAAUAAAUACUUCUUCCUUCUAA